AAAAAGAAACUUAACUUUAUAUGAUCUACAUUACUUUUUUUUUUAGUAUAAAAGAGAGUAUAUUCCUUUCCGCUCUUCUUUUUCUUUCUUACUAAAAAAAAAAUAAAAGAUAUACUACUUUUUUGUAUGCUUCUAUAUCCCUUCAAUUACUCUACAUAACAAUAAUAAUAACAAAAAACCCGAAAAAUGAUGUGCGAUACAAACUGGUGUACCUUUUGCGAUAAUGCUAUUAGCGCCUAUUCCGACUCUCUCUAUUGUUCAGAAGACUGCCUUCGACAAGACGCUUUGAUGCACCACCCAAUGCUUGGUUAUGACUAUGCUGAUCUCAAGGGAUUUCCUCAUGACGUAUCACCAUCACAACAGCAACAGCAGCAACAACAGAAUAUGCCUUCACUCAUUCGAAGAAAGCCAUCUCUACAACACAGUGAUUUUAUCCAAUCAUCACAAAAGAUACCCUCUCUCUCUCCAUCAUUAUCAUCCUCCAUCUCUUCAUCCUUAGCAUCUUCUACUAUCUUAUAUCAACCAAAACCACGCAGAGUCUCCAAAGAUCAUUUCAUGGACCAAUUAAACAAGGCCUUUCUCUGCUCAUAGAUAAAUUUAAUACUCUCUUGCAUCCAUCUCUUUCUUUUUUUACAGCAUAAUAUUCUCCCCCUUCUCUCUUUGUACAUACCAAAAAAAUAAAUAAAAAUAAACUUGAGAAAAAAAAACCAUGUUUUAGCAUAUAUAUA